AUGGCUAACCCUCCGCGCACCAUCCAAGCACGCCUCACCCACCUCCUCAAACACUGGCCUGUAGACAAAGUCCGCCCGGCCUCCGUCUCCGUCCAAACCUACCUUCAAGCGGCCUUAGGCCAAAAGCCAGAGAUUGAUCCCAAGAAAUCCAAGCGCGACCCCGAUGCCGUGCCCUUCAGACAGCCCGUGAUUUCCGAAUCCUCCGCCAACGCGUUGCAAGCACUCCUCGAAGACCGCUUUGCCCGCCGCUACCCCAUGACGAAAAACAUCCGGUACCCAGCGAGUGACCCAGACCACUAUGAUAAUGUUGUGCGUGAGUUCGAGGAGGCGCCAGAUCGGGACUUCUGGGGUCGGGUAAAGGCACGCUUGGGUGGAUUGUUCCGGUUGUCGUGA